AUGGCUACCUUCCUAUCCUUUUUCGGAUCGCCAAUCAGCUCAUCAUACCUCAACAACUGGAAAAGACUCAACGAGCUGAUUCACAAGGGCGAUGUUGAAAAGGUUCUCCAAUACAUUCGUCGCAUGAAAAUCACAAUUCAGCUGUUUGAAAAGGUUCAGCUGGAACAAGGUAAACUGACAGUCGCCCAGCGAUCGCAUAUCGGAUCUCUGACGUCACCAGUUUGUAUGGCAGCCAGGUCGGGCCAUGUCCAGAUCAUGACCGCCCUCCUUGACAUGGGGCACCAGGCCUUUUACCUGAACUUGAGCACCUCCAGCCCAUGGCCUAUACGUGAAGUCUGCGCCAGUGGACAUCUGGACGCGGUCAGAACGCUGGUUGAAGUCUAUCACGUCGAUGUAGAAUCACGUGACAACAACAACGAGACUAUACUGUACGCUGCAGUGCGCGGAGGUCGUGUUGACGUCGUGGACUAUCUUGUCAAGGCGGGAGCGUCCGUGAACAUGCCUCAUUCGUCGCUUGACUAG